CGUAUGAUUUUACACAAGUUGCUUAUUCUAAGCAAAUCUCUUACGACCGCUAGAGGACAGCAGUACUUGCAGUCUAAAUGUAAUCUUAUGAACUUUAUGGGAAAAGAAGAAGACACGACGACUUGUGUUGUUUUCAUGCGGGCGGCUCCUUUUGUGUUUAAAUCUUUAAUUCGAGCAACAUGACGGCUUUCUGUUUCCAGACACAGCUCGUGUCCAUCAUGGACGCGUUGUGCAAAGCGACCGUGACAGAAAUCGGCAAACUGGUGGAGAUUGAGUCGAAGAUGCUGAAAAUCGAGAUCACCCGCGGCCGUAACGAAAUUGCAUCCCUCACCGAGAAGCUGAAUUUGAUGGAGACUUUGCUUCACAUGGCGCAGCGGGGCAGGCCGCAGGACGCCAGGGAAGGCUUAGAAAGCGUCGUGCUAGAGCCUGAAAGGGCAAGACCUGCCUCCAAAAGUGAAUUUGCAUGGGAGAACAUCAGCUCCUCACCUGAGACGAGCACUUCCGUCCAAGAUGAGCAGCAUCCUCCAGCUGAGGUUUGGUUUUCCAAUGGUUACCGUGCCGUGUUGUGGAAUGAUUGUACAAUCUCCCCCAAUAAGACACUUCAGUUACCAACUGAACUGGUGGUAAAAGAGGAGCCAACAGAGGUGGACAUCAGAGAGGUCGAACAGGAAAGAACAAAUGAAAACAGCGUCCAUAAGAGUCUAGAGGUGAGCCAGCGCCACAAACCCGUCUCGGAACGCCAUCUUCCCGUGUACCUUGACUGCUUCGUGAGUCUCAACGCACCCUCGUGCCUCACGACGCCUGAAAGGAGGGAAGUGCAGUGGAACCCCCCACUGACGCAACCGCAUGCGAGCCACGAGGCCGACAGAAGCAUGCCUGGGAAUGCCACGCUCCAAAACCCACUCAAGAACGCCAAGAUGCACCACCUGAGGAGCACUGCCACCGCCAAGAGGUUCGGCUGUUUGCAGUGCGGUAAGAGCUUCCGCUGCUACAGCCAGCUGGAGAUCCACCAGAGGAGUCACACGGGAGAAAAGCCUUUCCGGUGCACAUUGUGCGGGAAGCGCUACGCUCAGAAGGGGCACUUGUACACACACCAGCGCACGCACACCGGGGAGAAACCGUACCGCUGUCCUAUUUGCGGUAAGGGCUUCAUCCAGAAGUGCACCCUGGACAUGCACCAGCGCACGCACACGGGGGAAAAGCCUUUUGUGUGUGUCCAGUGCGGCAAAGGCUUCACAAAGAACUGCAAUUUGAAAAAGCAUCUCUUGGUGCACCUUGAGUCCGAUAUGCAACUCUGCGGCAGUGGUGGCUUGACGCAAAGCGAGACGACAAUGAACGAAACCGCAUCCAACACUGUGGCUGGUCUCAUGCGGCUAGCCUUGGUCCAUCGCUCGCGGAGCUCGUUUCGUCAAAUACAUGCCGAACCGACGAAUUAUUUGCACUUAUUCCGCUUUGAGAUGAUGUGCGAUACCACCAACAGAAGCUUCCGGAUGCAGCUCGCGGCCAUCCUGGAGAAGCUCACCAAGACUGCCCUGAUGGAGAUCGGAAACCUGGCGGACGAGUGCUCGUCGGUGCUGCUCGGCGAGAUCUCCCUGCACAAGAGCGAGAACGAGGCCCUGAAGAAGAGAUGCUACUCCCUGGAGCUGCAGUUGAGGGCCGCCCGGGAGGCUCACUACUACCCGAGCCACGUCAACCACCUCGGCCGAAGGAAUCCCGAAGGUCAAGAUGUACAUAAAACUGACCACCACCACCAGCAGCAGCAGCAACAGCAGCAGACGGCCGCUCCUGCCAUUGACGGAGUCUUUGGGAAAGAUUGGUGCAUGGAUCUGUGGAGGGAAGACAAAAGAGCCUCCGCUCAAAGGAAGGAAGCAGCCGAGCCCGUUGCCAUGUCAAGCAUGGGAGCGCCGGUGUUCGAUAUAAUAGACACAGAACCCGACCUCAUCUUCAUCAAGGAGGAAGCUUACGACGAUCAUUCGUUCGGGCAGCAGAUGAGAUUGACUGAUAACAGAAAAGAUGUGGAGACGCUGGACGGUGAGCUCCAUCGCUCCGUCAACGAGCUCCAGCUUCACUCGGAGGUUCUGAACAGCUUCCCGUUAAUGGCUGACAACCAGGCGCAGCGCUCGCAGCCCAACAUCAUGGACAAGCUGAUUGAGGACGCCGCAAUGAGCACGCUGCUGGACGCCCCGGGCCCUCCCUCGGCCCCCGACUAUGUCGACUACACCGGCAAUAUCCACGGCGGUACCGGAAAACAACUGUCUCUCCUCCCUGCCAAGCCCAUCAGACCGAGCAAGCACUUCCAGUGUCUCUUUUGCGGCAAAGUGUUCAACUACCUGAGCAGCCUGAAAGUUCACGUGAGACGGCACUCGGGCGAGAAGCCCUUCAGCUGCACGGUAUGCGGCAAACGCUUCGCCCAGAAGACGUACCUGAAGCUGCAUCAGCGCGUGCACUCGGGCGAGAAGCCGUACAGCUGCCCCAACUGCGGACGUAGUUUCUCCCAGAAGAGCUCGCUUAAUAUCCACCUUCGGACGCACACGGGCGAGAAGCCGUACAGUUGCAUGGACUGCGGUAAAUGUUACGCCUACAAGUAUGGCUUGAACCAUCACCAGUGUUUCACCCACAUGAAGCCCAUCUAAUGCGUGCUUGCAUGUGGCGUGUUCUUUUAUUCUCAUUCUAAAAACCGUCGAGUCAAAAAAAGGGAGCGACUGCCUUUUGCUUCAAUCGUCAAUACGUCACAUGACCCAAUCCAUGAAAGGUGAUGCUCGUUACCUGAGAUUGAUAAAAGUAGGUGGAGCUUUCUACAUAUUUCAUAAAGAACCAGCAGGGGGCGCACUGAAUUUUCCUCCUUUGAAUAAGUUUGCCGUUUUUGUAACCGCACUUAAAAGUGUGCAUGCGAAAAAUCCACACGGGACGCAUAGUCGUCUUCGUCUCGGACCUUGCAGGUCCAGUUUAGUAUUUGUCCGUUUUAUGGCACUUAGUGUGAAUACCUCAUUGAAACGCUGACCUCAUCCGCAUCGCAUGCCGUUUCGUUUGCUGUGCAAUGUUUGAAAUACCUCCUUCAAGGCCGCAGUGGAUUAAAUAAUGUUUGUGCCGAUGUGUAGCACACACCGUCAACUACCUCAUCACAACAGUAAAUG